AUGGAUCGCGAACGCGACGCACGGAGGGAGGCGGAGGAGGAACAGUCGCCAGACAGAGACUCGCCGCUGUUUAAGCGACGAAGAGCGAAGGAGGCGCGGCGAGGGAGCUUCUCAAAGGAGCGCAGGGAGGCGCUAGACCGUGCACGAGGAGGGGAGUCUGAGACAGAUGAGUCGUUCUCCCCGCGGCUGACGGCUCGGGGGGGGACGCCUAAGAGGCGCGAGGCAGAGAGAGGGGAGAUCUGCGACAAGAGGAGGCGCAGGUCGCUUUCUCCUUCCCGCUCGCAUGCCUCCGUGCGCGGGCAGCGCCACAGAGACGAGGAAGACGACGAAGACGACGAAGAAGAGAUCAAAGGGCGCGCGGAUGCACGCGGAGUGCGCCCGGCGUUGUCAGGCGGCGACGGCGAGGAGCGCGUCAGGCGGGUCGACAGCCCCCUCGCCGGCCGCCGAGCGGGGCGCGACGACGCGAGAGACUGCGCGGACGGGCGCGGGGACUCGCCGCCGAGGCGAACGGCGCGCGAAGAGUGGCGACGAGACGACCGCGAGGAAGACACCCGAGGCCAGAAACGCGCUCAGUCUCCGUUGUGUCUUCGCGAUCGAGCCGCGAGGAGAAACCCGCGCGAGGACGAGGAGAGAGGAAGAGCGGAGAGGCCGCCGGCGCUCCGAUCGGCUCGAAGAGACGAGGACGACGAGAGCCGCGAAAGGCCCGAGUGGAGUGGAAUGAGAACCAGCCCCGAGAGAGACGAGAGGAGACGCACGCGCGACGACGACGAGGAUGAGCUUCCCACAAGAGCAGACAAAGGCGAUGAUGAUGCUCGAGGGAGACGAAGAGAAGAUGACGAGCAUGAUCGCAGGGAAAGAAGAAGAGAGGAAGACGAUGAGAGACGUGGCCAAGUAAGGGCAGAUGAGGAGGAUGACAGGAGGAAGAGAAGAGUGGAUGAUGAUGACAGGAGAGGAAGAAGAAGAGACGAUGAUGACGAGGAUGACAGGAGAGGGAGAAGAAGAGACGAUGAUGACGAGGAUGACAGGAGAGGGAGAAGAAGAGAAGAUGAUGACGAGGAUGACAGGAGAGGAAGAAGAAGAGUGGAUGAUGACGAGGAUGACAGGAGAGGGAGAAGAAGAGACGAUGAUGACGAGGAUGACAGGAGAGGGAGAAGAAGAGUGGAUGAUGACGAGGAUGACAGGAGGGGAAGAAGAAGAGUGGAUGAUGACGAGGAUGACAGGAGAGGGAGAAGAAGAGAAGAUGAUGACGAGGAUGACAAGAGGGGAAGAAGAAGAGUGGAUGAUGACGAGGAUGACAGGAGAGGAAGAAGAGGAGCAAAUGACGAAGAUGAUAGAAGGUGGAGGAGAGGAGAUGAGGAGGACGAUAGACGCGGCAGACGGAGAGAUGAUGACCAUGAUGAUAGGCGAAUGAGAAGAGAGGAUGAGGAGGAUGACAGGAGAGGAAGAAGAGAAGAUGACGAGAAUGACAGGGGAGGGAAAACCGGAGACGGUGACGAAGGUGGUAGAAGGGGGAAGAGAAGAGAAGAUGAGGAGGACCAUAGACGCGACAGAGGAAGAGAGGAUGAAGAGGAUGAUAGACACGUGAGAAGAAGAGAGAAUGAAGAGGAUGAUAGACGCGUGAGCAGAAGAGAGGAUGGAGAGGAUGACAGGCGAGGGAGGAGAAGAGAAGAUGUUGAAGAUGAUAGAAGAGGGAGAAGAAGAGAAGAUGAGGAGGACGAUAGACGAGUGAGAAGAAGGGAAGAAGGGGAAGAUGGUGAUAGACGCGUGAGAAGAAGAGAAGAUGACGAGGAUGACAGGCGACGGAGAAGAGAAGAGGACCGGGAUGACUGGCGUGGAAAAAGAAGAGAGGAGGAAGAAGCCGGCCGAAGAAGAGACGGGGACGAGGGUGGAGAGAGGAGAAGGAGAGAUGAAGUCGGCGGUAGCAGAGGUCGCAGAGAAGACGAAGGGAGGCGAGGUCGGGAGAAGAAGAUGGAGGACUCUUACGACUCAGACCGGAGAGGAAUGUCGCCGCGCUCUUCUCCCGCGCGCAGAGGCAGAAGAGAAGAAGAUCGAGAGCGGGAAGACGCUCGCCGCUCGUUGUCUCCGCCGUCGCGACCCUCCCGCUACGCGCCAGCCCGCAGAGAGCGCGAAGAGGAGGAACGAAGAGACCGAGGACGACGCAGAGAAGACGAAGAGGACCGAAGAGAGCGGGGGCGAGACCGCGAAGAAGAAGAGAGAUCCAGGCGAUACCGGAGACGCUCACUGUCUCCGCCGGACGACGACGACCGCAGAGGAGCCCGAAGAAGCGACAGCCGCGAUCGCUUUGCGUCGCGAAUGGCGCGCGAGGAUGGAGACGAAGGAAUGAGGAAGAAAGCGAGAAGAGUUGCUCUGUACUGA